ACACACACACACACACACACACACACACACUCCAUCAUUUGCUCACACACAUAUAUUAUGUAUAUACAUUUAUACUGACUCUACACACACUUACACCCACUCACAUACAAUCAUCAUAUAUGGUGCUGCUACUCUGUUUAUUAUAUCACUUGAUGCCUAGUCACCUUACCCCAAUACAUAUCUAUCUCUGUCACUCCAGUAUCCCUGCACAUUAUAAUCAUGGUACUAGAACUGACUCUGUAUAUAGUAUGCUUACUUACUUUAUCGUGUUCUUCUUAUUUCUUAUUUUUAUAUCUUGUGUGUUUUUGUUCUACCUUGUUAUUUUUAGUAUUAUAUUGUUAUUGAUUACUGCAUUGUUGUGGUUAAAGCUACAGUAGCAAGAAAGGCAUUUCACUGUUGUACUUGUAUACGUGACAUUAAACCUUGAAACAUUGGGGAGAGGCAUUGUGGUCAGCUAAUUUCAGAUUCAGAUCCCUGCAGCAUUCCAUUUAAUUUCAAUGUCAUGCAUUAGCAUGGUCAGGAGAGCACUUCUAUCAUAUAACAUGUAAGUGGGCUUGCCAAUUGUGUACACGUUUAGAAAAUGUGGCUCUAGGUUAUGAGAGUUAUAGGCUGCACACUGAGUUGCCACAAGUCAGGAUGUUGCAUUUACAGGUAACUGCCCAAAUAAUGGAAACACUUGAGUAAAUGAGGGAUUGAUACAAGUAUAUUGGAAGCAGGUGCUUCCACACAUGGUUCCUGAGUUAAUUAAGCAAUUAACAUCCCAUCAUGCUUAGAGUCAUGUAUAACAAUGCUAGGCAGGCCAAUAUUUUGGCUACCAUGGCUACGCCCCCAUAGGAUUACAAAGCCCCUAUCCACAUGGCACGAGUGGUCACUGAAUGGUUUGAUGAGCAUGAAAAUUAUGUAAACCAUAUGCCAUGGUCGUCUCAGUCACCAGAUCUCAACCCAAUUGAAAACUUAUGGGAGAUUCUGGAGCGGUGCCUGAGACAGCGUUUUCCACCACCAUCAACAUAACACCAAAUUAUGGAAUUUAUUGUGGAAGAAAGGAGAUGCAUCCCUCUAAUAGAGUUUCAGAAACUUGUAGAAUCUAAGCCAAGGUGAAUUGAGGCUGUUCUGGCUCGUGGUAGACCAACAGUAUAUUAAGACACUUUAUGUUGGUGUUCCCUUUAUUUGGGCAAUUAUUUGUGGUAUUGCUAGCGAAAAAGGAAGUCAGCUUUCUGAUCUUCGCUUUGAAGAAUGAUAGUGUUUCAAUACACAUGUAUAAAAUAUCUUAAACGACAACAUUUCCCCCCCCACCGACCUUACCCGGGCUCAGAUCCAAUCCCUCAACCUUGCUAACCACGCUCCUUCCCCUCCACAACGGCAACCAAUCAAGCCAGAGUCAAUGGGUAGAAAAGAGCAGACGUUCUGUGCUCUCCAACCAGGACCAAGUUAACUACACUGGCUUACAACAGUUGCUUUAUUAUCCAUUUCUACCUUCCUUUUGACUGAGAAGAAGAUGAGGGUCGUCAAUAUGGGUCUUCUGCUGGUUUGUGCAGCCUUUGCUCAGUCCUUCAAGUCUCAAGGUGGGGGGAGUCUGAGAGAGGAGGAGGUCAUGUGGGGGAACUACCUAAUGGACAGAGAUGACAACCAUGCCGAGAUCAAAGCUGUCCUUCCAGGUACCUGCUCUGCGUGUAAGGGCAUCAUCAACAAGGUCAAGGCCAAGCUGAAUGGUGAUAAUGACAGGGAUAACAUUGCUGCUAAACUGGACUCUAUUUGUCGCAGCUUGGGGAAGCUCAAAGGCGUCUGCAAGAGACUGGUCAAUAAAUACAAAGAACAACUGAUUGAUGCACUUGUCAGUGAUGUGGAUGCAAGGGUUGCCUGUCAGAAAUUGAAGCUAUGCAAAUGAGAUACCAUUCACCCACGAUUGCCCUGGAUAUGGGUCUGAGCAUACAUGUUCUGUCUGUUUUUCUUUCAGAUGAACACGCUGUCAUAGCUUAGCUUUACAUUAUUUUCAUACACAACUGUCUGGAUGGAAUGGCAGUCUUUAAAGUCACUUGUAUUGCUACUGCAAUUUUCAUUGAAUUAAAUACUGAAACUUA